AAGGUAGCGGGAUGGAGGAGGUUCCUCAGGACUGUCCCGGGACCGGCAGCGCCCAAGCGGGCCGAGGGGCCUCAUGUCACGGGUGCCCCAACCAGCGGCUGUGCGCUUCUGGAGCCGGCGCCGCUCCCGACCCGGCUAUAGAGGAAAUCAAAGAGAAAAUGAAAACGGUGAAGCACAAAAUCUUGGUGCUUUCUGGGAAAGGCGGCGUUGGGAAAAGCACGUUCAGUGCCCACCUUGCCCAUGGCCUAGCAGAGGAUGAAAACACACAGGUUGCUCUUCUGGACAUUGAUAUAUGUGGGCCAUCGAUUCCCAAGAUAAUGGGAUUGGAAGGAGAGCAGGUUCACCAGAGUGGCUCGGGCUGGUCUCCGGUGUAUGUGGAAGACAACCUGGGAGUGAUGUCAGUGGGUUUCUUGCUCAGCAGUCCCGAUGAUGCCGUUAUCUGGAGGGGACCAAAGAAAAACGGCAUGAUCAAGCAGUUCCUCCGUGAUGUGGACUGGGGUGACAUCGACUACCUCAUCGUGGACACGCCGCCUGGGACGUCCGACGAGCACCUCUCGGUCGUUCAGUAUCUCUCAGCGGCACACAUCGAUGGCACUGUGAUAAUCACCACUCCCCAGGAAGUAUCACUCCAGGAUGUUCGGAAAGAAAUCAGCUUCUGCCACAAGGUGAAGCUGCCCAUCAUUGGCGUGGUGGAGAACAUGAGCGGCUUCGUCUGCCCUAAGUGUAAGAAAGAAUCACAGAUCUUCCCCCCCACGACUGGUGGCGCAGAGGCCAUGUGCCAGGACCUGAAGAUCCCUCUCCUUGGCAAAGUGCCUCUGGAUCCACAAAUAGGAAAGAGUUGUGACACAGGACAGUCUUUCUUCAGUGAAGCCCCGGAUUCACCAGCCACAUUAGCCUACAGGAGUAUAAUCCAAAGAAUCCAGGAGUUUUGUCUGCACCCUCCACGUGAAGAGAAGCUCAUCAAUUCCUGA